AUGAAAUCAAAUGCCUUAAAAGUGAACUUGUCAAAAGACAAUAAAAAGCUUCAGGAGCCAGGAUUUAACACAAGACUGAAGAAAGAAACUAAAGUUCAAGCUAAGCUUGAUGGAUUCUUGAGAUCAGUCCCGCUUAUUUUCCCGAACUUACCUAAAAAACAAAAAAUAAAAUUUGAGAAAAACUCAUAUGAGCCAUGUCUCGAAAACGAAAAUAAUAAGGCUUUGGCUUUUAAAAUAAAAGAGCACGAAGAAUUGUAUGCAUAUAAUAUUAAAGAAGAGCCAAAGAAUUUAAGUAUACACACAAAAGAAAUAGAAAAUGGUUUUCCUAUUUUAAAUAUAACAAGAAAUGAGGCAGAAGAAGAUUCAGAUGGAUUUCAAAUGACAAAAAACCUAAAAAUUAGUCCUAAUAGUGAGCCAGAUCACACUCCAUAUAAAAGAAAAUUAUCUCCUGAUUUUGUUUCAGUUAAAAAAAUAAAGACUCAAAUGCCACUUGGCUCGAAUGCUGAGUCAAUCAUCCCUCAAAAGAAAUCACCAGAUAAGCCAGCAAAUUACAGCUUAAUUGAAAACUCUAAAAUAGAACCUGCCACCGAUCUACUUAAAGAUUCUGAAGGCUUUAUAACAAAUAAAAAGAAAAAAUUGAUUGUAGAAGCUGAUGAAAAUUUAGAGUCAAAAGAUUAUAAUUUUUCCAGGAAGCAUUUUCCAAAAAUUGAACCUGAAGAAGAAGCAAAUUCUCCAAAAUUCAAAACAUUAUCAAAUAAAGAGAAAAAGAACUUAAAAGGGUAUGAUUGUGAGCGUUGUAAGCCUUUUUAUGAGGCAUUCAGCGAUUGCAUGGAUCCUUCAGCUUUAAAAGACUUAUGUUCAGAGCAUAAGCAUCAGUACCCUCCCACUAAAACUCCUGAAUGGUAUUACAAGGUAUAA